GAAGCCCGUGUUUGGUUCUCAGAGUGAGUCCUUUGGGAAGAGUCACAGAGCGUAUUCCUCCAGAGAGAGAGACGGAGCGCAGUGUCGGGAGUCAGCCGCAGGAAGCAGCGCUGCACGGGACCUCCGCUAAAGUCCCGCUCCACUGGGCCGAGAGACGCGAAGAGAAAGCAAAGAGCGAAAAGGGGAAGAAAGACGCGUCAGAUGAUGAUGACAUGUGAUCAAGGUGCGAGGUGAUCUCUCUUUUUCUCCGUGACAGCUCCAACUGUGGAUCUCCGAGCGCACCGGGAGUGACUUUUACGCACCUUCCCACACUGGCUCAGUCCGCGUCCUGGUGUCCGUGACGAUUUCAAUUCGUGGUUCAAGUCAUUGACAUUGUGGAUCCUACUCUUCUGAUGUGAUCUCCCAUCAGAUUUAGCGCCCACUUCCACCCCAGGACUAGAAUUAAAGGAAUACAGAGUUUAUUGCCUGAUUUCCAGCGAAGCGCACGCAGCAGCAGCAGCGGCGGCGAAGAGCGCACCCACGUUUCUCCACUUGAGUCAGGGUGAGAGAUCAGGAGUGCACGGUGACGCGGGGAGAGACCGUGAGAACAGAGGUUUAGAGGCACCAGAUCUUCCGAGGUUUGUUAAUGUUCGGGAUCCAGGAGAGCAUCCAGAGAAGCGGCAGCAGCCUGAAGGAGGAGCCGCUGGGAGGCAUGAACGCGGUCCGGGGCUGGAUGCAGGGGGGCGGCGUGCUGGACGCCAACACGGCCGCCCAAAGUGGAGUGGGUCUGGCCCGGGCUCACUUCGAGAAGCAGCCGCCCUCCAACCUGCGGAAGUCCAACUUCUUCCACUUCGUCCUGGCUCUGUACGACCGCCAGGGUCAGCCGGUGGAGAUCGAGAGGACCAACUUCGUGGACUUCAUCGAGAAGGACAAGGAGACGACCGGAGAGAAGACCAAUAAUGGGAUUCACUAUCGGCUGCAGCUUCUUUACAGUAACGGCAUCAGAACGGAACAGGACUUUUAUGUUCGACUCAUUGACUCCAUGACUAAACAGGCGAUUAUUUAUGAAGGACAAGACAAAAACCCAGAGAUGUGCAGAGUGCUGCUGACACAUGAGAUCAUGUGCAGUCGGUGCUGUGACAAGAAGAGCUGUGGAAACCGUAAUGAGACACCCUCAGACCCCGUUAUCAUCGACAGAUUCUUCCUCAAGUUUUUCCUGAAGUGCAACCAGAACUGUUUAAAGAACGCAGGGAACCCACGGGACAUGAGGAGGUUCCAGGUGGUGGUAUCGACCACGGUGAGCGUGGAGGGACAUGUCCUGUCCGUGUCCGACAACAUGUUUGUGCACAACAACUCCAAACAUGGCCGACGGGCCCGCAGACUCGACCCCGUGGAAGGAACGCAGUCUUACCUAGACCACGGAGCAGCUCCUUGCAUUAAAGCUAUCAGUCCCAGUGAGGGUUGGACCACGGGGGGCGCUACAGUCAUCAUCAUUGGAGACAACUUCUUCGAUGGUCUCCAAGUCAUUUUCGGUACCAUGCUGGUUUGGAGCGAGUUGAUCACGCCGCAUGCCAUCCGGGUGCAGACGCCUCCCAGACACAUUCCCGGGGUCGUCGAGGUCACUCUGUCUUACAAAUCUAAACAGUUCUGCAAGGGCACACCAGGAAGGUUCAUUUAUACAGCGCUGAAUGAACCAACCAUCGACUACGGUUUCCAGAGGCUUCAGAAAGUCAUCCCGCGACACCCCGGGGACCCAGAGAGGCUGCCGAAGGAGGUUAUUCUGAAGAGAGCAGCCGACCUGGUGGAAGCCCUCUAUGGUUUGCCCCAUAACAACCAGGAGAUCAUCCUGAAGCGUGCGGCGGACAUAGCAGAGGCUCUGUACAGUGUUCCCCGAGGACACUCCCAGCUCUCCGGCUCCAACCACGGCGGCAUGAUGGGGGUGAACUCUUUUGGAGGGCAGCUGUCCGUCAAUGUCUCCGAACCUCAACAGGCCAAUCAGGGUUUCGUGCGCAGCAGCAGUAGUGUGUCCCCUCACGGUUAUGUGCCUAGCCCCACGCCCCAGCAGAACAGUUACACCUCAGUCACCAGCACCAUGAAUGGCUACGCUAACAACACAGGCAUGACAAACCUGGGAGGCUCGCCCACUUUCCUCAACGGCUCUGCAGCCAACUCGCCUUAUGCUAUUGUCCCAUCCAGUCCCACCAUGGCCUCCUCCACUGGCCUCCCCUCCAACUGCUCCUCCUCUGGCGUCUUCUCCUUCUCUCCGGCCAACAUGGUGUCGGCGGCCGUUAAGCAGAAGUCGGCCUUUGCUCCGGUGGUCAGGCCCUCCUCCUCCCCCCCGCCCUCGUGUACCAGCGCCAACGGGCUCCAAGAUCAGACAUUUGUGGACUCUAGCAAGUACUCAACAGCCAGCUCUCUACAAGGCCUGGCCUUCACCUGAACAAUCCCUGGAAUGAUUGUCCCACCCAUGUAAAAGGUGUGAGUGCAUGACUGUGUGUGUGAGUGUGUGUGUGUGUGUGCGUGCGUGCGCGCGUGUGUGUGUGUGUGUGUGUGUGUGUAUGUGUGUGUGAGAGAUGAACCAAGCACACUCGCACCGAUCCUGGAUUUCGGUGGGAGUCGGACUCCGGUCGGGGGAUGGACGCAGCCGUCCCUAUCUGAAGGAACAAACCCAACUCAGGCCCUUUCUAACACGGAAAAAAACAAACAACUGCAAGGAAACAAAUGUUUGCGAGGAAAUAAGUUGUUUAGACUUUGUACACCUUGAUGCUUUUAUAGGAGAAUGGCCACGCCUACAUCAUGACUCUCCAUGGACACUGGAAGUGUAUUUAUUUCGGAGAGAAUCCACUUCCUCCCUUGAGUGAUUGUCGAUUUGUUUUACUUUUUGUGCAGUUAACGUGUGAUAAUCAUCUUCUAUCUGUAUAACCUACAUGAGGGAUUUUCUAUUUAUAAAGUUUGGUCGUUAAUGAAGGAUUAUAAUGUGAAGAACACCUAACGAUGAUGGUGUUGAUGAUGAGUAAACAAACCAUGAUGAUGAUGAUGAUGAUGAUGAAGAAGCUGCAGGGAUUCAUACAGGGUGAAAUCCAGCCGACGCAGACAAGCCAAACCAGACACGCACCCACUUUUUGUCCUCUUUGCCAAAUCCACUCACAUUCUUUCAUCUACAUUCAAUCAUUCAGCCUGAUGGAUUCAGAUGCUUCCUGUCUGUGACUGAUGCUGAUGAUGCUCCUGUGUGCUCACUUUGUAAAAAAGUGCAAGUCUGCCUUUCAGCGAAAGAGAAUUCAGUAACUCAUCAAACCAAGAAGAAUUUUGUUUUGAACCAUGCUCGAUUCAAGAGAGAGAGAGAGAGAGAGAGAGAGAGAGAGAGAGAGAGAGAGUAGAAUGGCACUCAGUGGAGCACAUUCCUCCACCAAAUGAAAACCACACUUAAAUUCACUGGAUACUGAUUGUAUUUGGAUCCGCACCAAACUGCACACACAUAAAUAGCAGUACCCUAAACAAGCCAGAUUUUUCGCUCACGCCUGAUCCUUGUAGUAAUCCAUCCAGAAGUUUUUGCAUAACCUUGCUCACAACACAACAACCAACAAAUGGACCUGCAGGGGUGAAAACAUAACCUCCUUGGUGAUAGAGUCAGUUGGACAAAGGCCAUGAAUGAAUUACGCUCCAACCUAACAGAGAGGUGUAUGAUGACUUGAUGCCAACAGCAGCUUCACUGUCGAGGAUUUGAACCAACAACUCUGCCAAUGAGUCUGUCCAUCGCUCCUGUGACCAUUUGAUUUGUUUUUAAGUUGGACGCAGCCACGGUGACCUCCAAGGGACAUGUCUUAAAGACUGCUGCCAUUUUCACUUAAGUUUUGCUGUGAGAUUUGAUUUUGUAUCAUGUUUUUGUCUUAACUCCCUCUUUUGGUUUGCUGUGACUUAUCUUUAUUUUUGUUUUUUUUGAUGUGUGAUUAGACAGCCAAUCAGAUUUGAUUGUGUUACCUGCCCACUGAUCUAGUGAGAACUAGACAAUGGUGUGUCUUAAAUUCUGCGCUGCAAGAAUUGUCAAGUCUUUAAACCUUCCGUUGAGUCAAAAAAAAGAACUUUCUUUAACUGAGGUACAGUGGCUUCAAAUCUGCCCCACUUACCUUUGUAUUUAAAGGAGACAUAGUUUGCUUUUUUUGUUUUACUAUCCUCUAGUGGGUUACGUAUAUAUUUUUUGCCCCCCCCCCCCCCCCGCACAAGUGAAGCGAGAGCAGAGGCUGACUUUUCCUACACACAGUGGAAGUCAUUGGUCAAUCCCGACAGAUUGGGCCAACUGUGGCCAACACCCGGCUAAAGGGAAGCAACAUAGAGUAGGCAAACAACAACUAACUUAGGCAAAAACGAGUUAAUUCUAUUUUAAAGAUAAGAACAAGUAAAGAGUGGUGGCUGAUAGCAAUGCUGCUGAUCCUGGCUGCACAGAGAGAGAGGGAGAGCUGGAAGCUUCUCAGGCUUCUUAAAGGCCAGUCAGCAGGUGCAGGUUGGCGGGAAAACAUGACACAGAACAAGUUUUGGGAUAUAACACAAACUUACCAAUCAGGGCAGAGUGAGCUUUAUUGGGAGGGGGUCUUAAAGACACAGGAGCUAAAACCAAGUUUCUGAGACAGAGGCUGAACAGAGGAGCUGCAGCAACGGACAGUCCGAGUGAAGUAAUUUGUUUUUCUAAAUAGUGUUAGUAAGUAAUUACAAUUAUCAACCUCAAUAAAAGCAUAAUAUGUCUCCUUUAAACCAUAAUUACAUCCUAUUUAUGCACAUAUUUUCUUAAGAAGUAAAGACUCCAUGUCCACAUGGGACAGUUUUUACAGCGCAGGACCGAGCAACAUGUCUUAAAUUAGCAGUGUGUGGAAAGUCCCUGAUGGUUUGCUGUGAACGUCACUGCUCCCUCAGCCCUGCAGCCUGAGCUUGCACCUCACUGUGUGUGAUUCUAUAGUCUUAACGCUUUUAGUUUGUGUUCCCUUCAUUUUGCCAAAGCCCUUAUUUGAGAUGUUGAUGCUCAAACAGUC